CCCUCUAACUCCAUCUCCUCCCUCCCUCGCCCCCACGAACGCCACUUAAAUUUCCGUCUUUUCCCUUCUCUUCUUAUCCAUUUCUUGAGUGUUGAAGAAUUACUUCACAAAAUAAGUAAUUUAAAAGUAAAUAGUGGCUUUUUAAGCUUAACCAAACAUGCUAGGGUUAGAAUAACUAGCUAGCAAGGUAGGAAUGCGAAUAAGUUGGAGGAGGCUGCAAAGGAGAUGCAACCACAGAGAGAACUCUCUCUCCCCCUCCCCCUCCCCCUCGCGCCUGCGCGCACUCAAUUCUUCCCAUGGCCCCAUCAGAGGCACCGCUCCAAGUUUCUUCCUUUCUUCAUUCAAAUAAACAAAAAAAAUAAAUAAUAAUAACUCCAAAAACCCCACAAAUAAAGCAAAUUCUCUUUUGUUUAUAACAUCAUUAUUGAAUACAAUUUUGUUUUUAUUCCAUAAAAAAAUUUCUGAGUAUUCAAGAAGAAAGAAAUCUCUUCUUUCCUUUGGAGUCUCUUUUACAGAAAUAAACAAUAACAGAGCAAAAGCAAAACAACUGUGAAUUGUAAUUAUUAUUUGUUCUUCCAAGAAUGCUUCCUCGUAUCUGCAUUUUCUUGUAUUGUAUCUUCAUCGCUCUCUCUUCUUUUAGCACAACUUCCAGCUUACUAAAUCUCACCCUCCCUCAUCAAUAUCCCAACUCUGAAGCUGUUGUUCAAGAAGUACAAAGGAGGGUGAAUGUAUCAAUAUCAAGAAGGAAAAUGUUAUCAGAACAAUCCCAAUGUCUAACCGGCAAUCCAGUUGAUGACUGCUGGCGGUGCGACCCCAACUGGGUCGCCAACCGCCAGCGCCUGGCGGACUGCGCCAUUGGCUUUGGCCAAGGAGCAUUGGGCGGCAAAGGUGGCCAAAUCUAUGUAGUCACCGACUCCUCCGACCACGACACUGCCAACCCCACCCCUGGCACCCUCCGCCACGCAGUCAUCCAAGAUGUCCCCCUAUGGAUAAUUUUUCAAUCCGACAUGAUUAUCAAACUCAAACACGAGCUUAUAAUUAGCAGUUACAAAACCAUUGAUGGGCGUGGUGCAAAUGUGCACAUAACCGGCCAUGGCUGCUUGACUUUGCAGUAUAUCAGCAAUGUGAUAAUUCAUAGUGUGCAUAUUUACAACUGUUUACCAUCGGGAAAUGCGAUCAUAAGGUCGAGCCCAAGUCAUGCCGACUGGAGAGGCAAAUCUGACGGCGAUGGGAUAUCUAUUUUUGGUUCCAGGAAUAUUUGGAUUGAUCACUGUGCCUUGUCACAUUGUACUGAUGGCUUGAUCGAUGCCACUCUUGGCUCCACUGCCAUAACUAUUUCUAACAACUAUUUUUCUCACCACGACAAGGUCAUGCUAUUAGGACAUAAUGACAAGUACUUGGCUGAUUCAGGAAUGCAGGUGACAAUAGCCUUCAAUCACUUCGGGGAAGGGCUGGUGCAGAGGAUGCCAAGGUGCAGGCGAGGGUAUAUACAUGUGGUGAAUAAUGAUUUUGCUAAAUGGGAAAUGUAUGCAAUUGGUGGAAGUGCUAAUCCUACAAUAAACAGUCAAGGCAAUCGGUAUAUUGCGCCAGCAGACCCAAAUUCUAAGGAGGUGACCAAGCGGGUGGACACAGACGAGGGGGAAUGGGCUGGCUGGAAUUGGAGGACGGAUGGAGACAUAAUGGUAAAUGGAGCAUUCUUUGUGCCCUCUGGCGAAGGCCUCAGCACUCAGUAUGCCAAGGCCUCCAGCGUCGCGCCUAGGUCUGCUGGACUCAUUGACCUUCUCACCAUGAAUGCUGGUGUCAUUGGCGGUCCAAGGGACAACGGUAUGAGCAUGUCAUAUGGUGGUGGGGCAGCCACCGGCGAAACCGGAGGAGGCGGUGGGGGAUCAAGUGGUAGAGACGAUGACUAUUUUGGAAUGAUAUUUGGGAGCGGGGCAUCCCCAACAAAAUCAUUUCCAUCCACCAUCAUGCUUUUGUCUCUUCUAAUUAUUUUAAGUCUGUAUAUUAUGACGAACCAUAUUGGUUCAUUAUCAUUAUUAUAGUAUUAAAUAUAUCAAAGAAAAAGGGGCAAUUAAUCAAAGGGCAUGUUUGAUAGCCCUUUAUUUUCUAGGGAAAAUGGAAAAAGAAUUUCAACUUCCA